AUGACCGCCAUCAAAAUUCAUUUAUUCGGACCAGACCUUUACGUUCCCAAUGAUGAGUGCGGAAGACAGCUCGCCUCGGACAUUCGGCUACUGCCAAAGAUUAUGAAGAACUGGAAUCCGGCGAUGUGGCCCGCCCUCUUCGACGCGAGUCCUGUUGGCAGUUAUAAUAAAGAAAUGAAAAGUUCGCUUCUGAGCGAGAGCUUGGCAUGGGUACGAGAGCUCAAAGAGCCCCCACCGCAGCUUCGUGUCCUUGAUGCGCCGCCCAGACUCGGGUUUGUAGCUCGCAGCAAGGUCUUUGUACCCGCCAUGGCCGAAAUUAUGGAGGUGCCCCGGACGCAAUUUGGAUACGCAAUGGCCGAUCUAGGAUUUGGAUACACUUGGGGUAGCCUGGACACUAGGCGCCUGUGUCAGGCAUGUCUACGCGGCUCCUGUGCGGCCAGCAUGUUCACAAUCUGUUCAGACUACUACGAAUUUCUGCCUCGUUCCCCGGAGGUUGACCCGGCAAUGGAGACAAUGGCGGAGCUCGUCGCCGGGUACAUUAGACAUGUUCACCAAGAGCACGCCGAGGACCAGCUGGAGCGAAAAAUCAUGGAUGCUUGGCUCAUGUGUAUCCUCACCGCGUAUCUCGACAUCCUCCGGCCGCACGACGGCAGUAAACUCCUAUGUCCUGACAACGAAUUGUGUAGCAUCAAAUUUCGUCUCGUUAGUAGCAGCUUUUUUGCGUCCACACUUCAGCAGCUCAACGCGGCGCAAGGUCCGAGUACGGAAGAUCUCGAUAUCGUGACUGCGGUCGCUUCCGUUUCAUGCGCUAUACACGACGUGUGUGACCGCCGUCACGAUAAUAUUGGGAAUGUAUAUUACAACCUUCUGACAAUUGUCAGCGUCCAUACAGGCUUAGAGAGUGUGGACAUUCUCCGCCGGUUCUGCGUCGACGUCUGGGCUUGGGCAAUCAACCAUGAUGCCGAAUGGAUUCUCCACGCUACCGGUCGAGUGUUUAUCUCCCAGAUCUAUACGGCACGCUACCAGAACGACGUUCUGCUAGAUCAUCUGACCGCACCUGACCCUUGCAGCAGGCCUGUCGUUGACCCCUAUGGAGAUCCGGUGCUGAAUUCCCUGAAUCCAAUGCCGCCCACUGCAACCCCUCACAACUAUAGCAUCCGUGACCGCUGCCAGGAUACGGAUCGGUACGACGAGAUCAUAAGUUCGAGCAUUGCGCACUUCGAGGCCUGUACUAGCUGCCGCAGUUACAACAGUGCGUCUUGGCAGGAACGGGUCCAAAUUAUCACUGCAGCCUUGCACACAAAGUACACUCGAAUGGACUGUGUGAACAGCAUCGCCUCCUAUACGAUCCUUUCCCAGCCCGAAGAGUUUUGGUGGGCUGCAGACCCUGCAGCCAGGUAUACUGGACCCACAGUAGAGUGGUCGACCAAGCUCAUCUAA